CGCGCAGAUAGGUUUAUUUAGUAUACAGAUAUCCGGAAGCUCUACUCAGAAAUUGACCGAACGGGAUAGUACUUGGUGUGAUGGAGACGUGAUGUGCCAGUCAGAGGAGUAAAAAGGCCGCAGCAGCCAUGACCGAGUGCUUCCUGCCCCCCAGCAGCAGCCCCACAGAGCAGCGCAGGGCUGAGCACCCAGGGGGAGUGGCCCGCACCCCGAGCUCUGAGGAGAUCAGUCCCACCAAGUUCCCCGGCUUGUACCGCACUGGGGAGCCGUCACCGCCUCACGAUGGCCAUCAUCACGAGCCCCCUGAUGCCUACGUGUCAGACGACGACAAAGAGCACGGCAAGAAGAAGAACAAGUUCAAGAAGAAGGAGAAAAGGACGGAGGGCUACGCGGCCUUCCAGGAGGACAGUUCAGCCGACGAAGCAGAGAGCCCGUCCAAGAUGAAGCGCUCCAAAGGAAUCCACGUGUUCAAGAAGCCCAGCUUCUCCAAGAAGAAAGAGAAGGACUUCAAAGUCAAGGAGAAGGGCCCUAAGGAGGAGAAGGCAAAGGAUAAGAAAUCCAAGGACCUGACCGCUGCAGACGUGGUCAAGCAGUGGAAGGAGAAGAAGAAGAAGAAGAAACCAGCAACAGAAACGGAGCCCAUCCCAGUGGAGAUCCCCACCUUCAGGCCAAUCUUUGGAGCCCCUUUGGCUGAAGCAGUCAAGAGGACAGCUCUGUAUGAUGGUAUCCAACUGCCAGCCGUCUUCAGAGAAUGUGUGGACUACAUUGAAAAUUAUGGCAUGAAGUGUGAAGGCAUCUACCGGGUCUCAGGUAUGAAGUCAAAGGUGGACGAGUUGAAAGCAGCGUACGAUCGCGAGGAGUGCCCCUGCCUGGAGGAGUACGACCCCCACACGGUUGCCAGCCUUCUGAAGCAGUACCUCCGAGAGCUGCCGGAGAACCUGCUCGGCCGGGAUAUGGCCCAGCGCUUCGAGGAUGCCUGCGGUCGGCAGGUGGAGGCCGAGAAGGUGACGGAGUUCCAGAGGCUGCUGGCCGAGGUGCCGGCAGAGAGUCGACUUGUUCUCUCCUGGCUCGUCACCCACAUGGACCACGUCAUCGUCAGGGAGGCGGACACCAAGAUGAAUAUUCAGAACAUCUCCAUCGUCCUCAACCCGACAAUACAGAUCGGGAACCGGGUACUCUACAUGUUCUUCACACACGUGAAGGAGCUGUUUGGCGACGUGGUCCUGAAGCAGGUGGUGCGGCCGCUCCGCUGGUCCAACAUGGCAACGAUGCCAGCGCUGCCCGAGACGGCCGAGAGCAUCAAAGAGGAGAUCAGACGACAGGAGUUCCUGUUGAACUGCCUGCACAGAGACCUGCAGGCCGGGGUGAAGGACUUAUCCAAAGAGGAGCGACUCUGGGAGGUUCAGAGAAUCCUGACGGCUCUGAAACGCAAACUGAGGGAGGCCAAACGUCAAGAGUGUGAGAGUAAGAUAGCCCAGGAGAUAGCGAGCCUCUCAAAGGAAGAUGUUUCAAAGGAGGAAAUGACAGAGAAUGAAGAGGAAGUCAUCAACCUCCUCCUAGCACAGGAAAAUGAAAUCCUAACGGAGCAGGAGGAGCUGAUCUCUCUUGAGCAGGUGCUUCGUAGACAGAUUGCCACUGAGAAGGAAGAAAUCGAGAGACUGCGAGGAGAGAUAGCGGACAUUCAGAGUCGGCAGCAGGGUCGCAGCGAGACGGAGGAAUACUCUUCAGACAGCGAAAGUGAGAGUGAAGAUGAGGAGGAGCUGCAGAUGAUCCUGGAAGACCUGCAGAAGCAAAACGAGGAGCUGGAAAACAAAAACACCCACCUGAACCAGGCCAUCCACGAGGAGCAGGAAGCUAUCUUGGAGCUCCGCGUCCAGCUUCGCCUACUGCAGAGCCACAAACAGCUGCAGGAGCUCACCGUCCAGCCACCGGCCGAGCAGGCCCCGCCCACACAGCCAAGCCCAGAGCCCCGCAGCGAGGAGCAAACAAAACGCUCCGUCACCGCCGCAGCUGCAAGUGCAGACACUGCAGCUGCUACUGCCACUGCCUCUGUCGCUGCCAAUGGAAAGGCAGCGAAGGAUCCUUCAAAGCCCUCCCCGAACAAAGACAAGAGAGACACCAACAUGUGAGAAGUCUUCCUUCAGUGGUGUAUUUGGUGGCUCUGUGCUGCUGUACGUCUCUACCGCUGGUCAGUUGUCCUACAGUGUCACUCAUUUAAACUUUGCUGGAGUUUAUUAUUUGCAACCAUGGGAAAAUCUGUUCUGCAUUUCUUUUCAUUAAAUACCUUGCUUCCAAUUUCCUCAUGCAAACAAAAAAUAUUGUAAGUAGAGUCGCUGCUGUUAGUGGACAACUGGCUGCUGCUGUGAGACUAAGGGGACCCUAUUAUCAAAUCCACAGUGCCAAGCCUGUAUGAAGGAAGGAGGAGGAGGGGGGUGGAAAAGAGAAAUGAAGGGAUUGCUAGCGCAGGUAAGGGGAUGGAAGAAGGAGUAAGAGAUGUGCGCUGUGUCUGUGUACAGGUUAGAAUUAUUCUCUCACUGGUUAAGUCUCAAAAAAAAAAAGACACCAGAUAUAAUCUCAGUCCCUGUUUUCUAAAUAUGUUGCUUACCUAGAUGCAUAUCUGACAUGUUAGGAUAGAGACCACUGUGCCAUAACUGAAGAUGCCAGACUGGACAUGUUUCCCUUAGAGAACCACUAACACAAGAAGCUCUUUGAAAAAUGAAGAAUUCAUGAUUGGUCUAUCUAUAUAUUAUAUAUUUAAGUAGUAUUCUGAAGAAUACUCGUGACUAUCUAGAAAUUCAUUGAUUUUAAAUGACAGCUUUUAGUAAUAUAUGAAUAUAUAUAAAAAAUAAAUAUAUUGUAGAUGCUUUCUUUUCUUUGAUCGGCAGGUGCAUGUAGACAUCGUGGCGUUGUACCUUGCAGACUGACCAGUGGAUGAAAACAUGAAUGAAAGACAAAUGCAUAACAAAAAGCUUUUUCAUCACUGCAUGAUUUUAAAAAAAAAAAUAAACAGCCAAUCAGUGAAAACAGCACUUUGCUUUGUAGUGCAAUCAUCUUGUCUGUUACUCUGCACAAACAUGAAAUGACCUUCCUCUGAUUUUUUGACGAUGGAAUAAAAAAAUCUGUAGUGAUGAUUAAUUGUGUGAAGACACAUGCAGGAGGCUGGCUCGGUUCUGUUGUGUACUGGGCUGUGUCAAUCAUUUAAUUUCGCAACUGAUCUGUGACUUAAGCAAAGUGCUGACAUCACUCAGUGAUAUUUAAAGCAAAGGCAUGGCCUGGCUUACUUAAGGUUUGUGUACAAUAAUGUAAAAUUGCAUACAUACUGUUAUUUUCAGCUCUUAUGUUUUGUCAUAUGUUCCUUUUUUUAUUAUUGUUGACCUGUAUGGAGUAUGCUAGUGCAACUGCCCUGCUUUGGUCAUGGGCAAAUCAAAGCAAUCUCAUCUGGACUCAUGAUUCAACAUGUUUUUAUUAAUCCUGUGAUUGAAACAUAUAAAUGUUGGAUUGGGCUCAGAAGCUUCUCAUGAAGUUAUUUUCAUAUUGUCCUUGGCUUUUGUAGCCUAUUGUUGCAGGCAGAAUACUGCUGUGAAGAAUAAAGUGUCCAAAAAUAAACAUCUGAAUCUGUG